AUGCUGAGCGCUGACAGGAUGGAGGAGUUUCCAAGUGAGGAAGAGGAGCCCUGGUACGACCAGCAGGACCUGGAGCAGGACCUGCACUUGGCAGCCGAACUGGGGAAGACGUUGCUGGAGCGUAAUAAAGAGCUGGAGGAUUCGCUGCAACAGAUGUACGCAACCAAUGAGGAGCAAGUGCAGGAGAUAGAGUACCUGACAAAACAGCUGGAGAUGUUGCGCCAGAUGAACGAACAGCACGCUAAGGUCUAUGAGCAGCUGGACCUCACAGCACGGGACCUGGAGCUGGCUAAUCAGAAGCUUGUGCUGGAGAGCAAGACGUCCCAGCAGAAGAUACAAUGCCUGACGGAGACUAUUGAGGGGCUGCAGAACCAAGUGGAGGAGCUGCAGAGACAGGUGGAGGAGCUGCGGAGCUUAGAGCAGCUGCGCAUACGGCGGGAGAAAAGGGAGCGGCGCCGAACCAUUCAUACCUUCCCCUGCCUCAAGGAGCUGUGCUUGAGCCCCAGGUAUGAAGAUGCGUUCCAGGUCCACAGCUCUUCAAUGGAGCUCAACCAAAACCCUAUGGAGAGGGAGAAUGAGCGUCUCCAGGCCAUGGUGAAUUCCCUUAGGUCCCAAGUCAACCAGGAGAAGCAGCGGAAGGAAAGGGUGGAGCGCGAAUACACUGCCGUCAUCCAGGAGUACUCAGACCUCGAGCAACGGGUGUGCGAGAUGGAGAGCUGCAAACUGCGCAUCAAGGAGUUGGAGGCUGAGCUCCUGGAGCUACAGCAGAUGAAACAAGUCAAGAAGUAUCUUCUUAGCAGAGAGGACAACCUGUCUGAAGCACUUCUGGAGCCAUUAAACAAUGCCCCCGAAGCAGAUUACAUCGACCUCUCAGAGGAAGACGGGAGUAAAACUCACAGUGCAUCCAUGACAGCGUCCCCAAAUCACCCCGUCCGGAAAAGCUGCAGCGACACUGCCCUCAACGCCAUCGUGGCCAAGGACGCCGUGAGCCGGCACGAAGGCAACUACACACUGCACGCCAACAACGUGCGCAAGCGGGGCAUGUCAAUCCUGAGGGAGGUGGACGAGCAGUACCACGCCCUGCUGGAGAAGUACGAAGAGCUCCUCAGCAAGUGCCGGCAGCACAAGGACAGCGUGCGCCACACCGGAGUCCAGACCUCCCGCCCCAUCUCUCGUGACAGCUCCUUCAGGGACUUCCGGGGAGAGGGUCACGAGCUGGAAGAGCGGAAGACAAUAGAGAAGAGCCUUAGCAAACACGUGGAGGCUGUGGACAAGCGGCUGGAGCAGAGUCAGCCAGAGUACAAGGCCCUUUUCAAGGAGAUCUUCUCACGCAUCCAGAAGACGAAAGCCGACAUCAAUGCCACCAAGGUGAAAAACAAGUCUAGCAAAUGA